GCCCAGGACGCCUUGGUUCGUUGAUUCUUGGGUAGUUGAAUAAUCUUCUCAAAGAGGGCGUGUAUGUAUGUAUGUAUGUAUUCGAUAACGAAGAAUAUCACACUAAAGCCAGGUCCAACGCCAAAGCAAAAGGCAAGCAAUCCGUCCGUCGCCAUCUAAUCUCUAUAGCCCACUAUCAUCGUCAUAAUGCACUUCCAGCAGGCCGUACCAAACGAGCUCCGAAGUCUUGCGUUUAAGCUGGAGGAUAAACAGCCGAUUAUCGAGCAGAAAUCGCAGUCUCGUUCCCUUAGAAUUGCAGCCGUCUUGCUCUCAUUAUUAGCUUUUCCCACCAUACAAGUACUGGGCGAGUCAUGCGUCUUGCGUCUGAUACCGGCUUCAUCACCUUGCUUGCCCCAGUCUCUAUCAAUUCAAAGUCAAACUUCGCAAGGAGCAUCGUGAGACUAAAAAUCAUCUGAUGCGUUGCGUAAUGACGUCCUGGACAGAUGAGAUCCCCCUCCAUAGGGAUACCAAAGCCCCAAAAGUCCCUCUACAGAGAAUCUUUUUCUAGGCGAAGGUGAGUUUGAAUCCUUCGCUGAUGUGUUUCCGGAUUUGCGGAAUCCAGCCAGUGAAUGAUGUAACCAUUCUGAAUGCACGAGAAACC